AUGGAAAGUGGUGGACCAGAUUCGACUAGUUCCAAGAGUCGGCGAACUCCACUUCCAUUUGCGAGGGCCCAAUUGACACAGUUGGUACGAAUGUCCACUGUGAGUGAUCAAAGACUUCCAUUACACUCCACACAAUUAUUUUCAACAUUUCUGAUCGAUCGGAUAAAGCAGAGUCCCAAAUUACGAUUAGGAAAUUCGCCCGACGAAUCGGAAAAACACCAAACAUCGUAG